GAACCUGAAUUUCGUAGAACCAGAAAAAACCUAUUAUAUUCAUAAAUGAAGGAAUUAAUCAUAUUUAUUUUUCACAGACGGAGUUGAAGCCUCAUGAAAUAGAGACGGCAGAAUUUUGUAUCGAAGUUUUUGGUGAUAACGAUAAAACCUUGGAUGGGACGCUUUUAGGAAAAUUUGUUUAUUGCAUGGGACUGAAUCCUAGUCUAGAAAUUCUAGAAAAAGUGGGUUUAACAAAGAAAGAAGGAGAGAAGAAAUUCAAAUUGGAUGAGCUAAUACCCAUCGUGGUACAGUUAAGGAAGGGAAUCAAGGACUACGGAUGUUAUGAGGAUUUCAUAGAAUGUCUCAAGUUGUAUGACAAGAAUGAAAAUGGUUUUAUGCAAGCUGGUGAACUGAACCAUUCAUUAUUAACAUUAGGUGAAAAAUUGACAGACGCACAAGUGGAAGAACUAUUUGAAGACUGCUUAGAUGAAGAGAACGAUGAUGGUGAAAUACCAUACAUUCCUUUCCUGAGAAGAAUGUGCGAAUUGGACCCUCCAUUGAAACCACAGAAGAAGAAGUGAACCAGUAAUUACUCUUUUGAUAAUGCUGCCUGUGCUUGUGAAUAUGCUACAUAACGCUGCUUGAAAAUAACAAAUAAACAGAUAUACACUGCC